AUGGGUGGAGGAGAUCUCAACCUGAAAAAGUCGUUCCACCCGACUCUGCGCCGGAACCAGGCAGCUGUCUUCGAUGCAGAGCAAAAAGAGAUCGCUGAGCGCAAGCGCACGCGCGAGCGCAUCGAGGAAAUCAAACAGGAGCGAGCUAAGGAGGAGAUCCAGCGUCAGUUCGAGGCAUCUGGCGGCAGGAAGCGCGUCGACCGAGUAGAUUGGAUGUACCAGGGUCCCACGGAUGGGCAGACAGGAACAUCUGAGGAGACGGAGGCCUACCUGCUAGGCAAGCGACGUAUCGACAACCUCAUCAAGGGCGAUGAUCACAAAAAGCUGGCGAAGCAGACGGGGGGGGAGAGCUUCAUGGCGCUGCAAAAUGCAAACAGUGCUCGCGACACAGCCUCCAAGAUCCGCGACGACCCCCUCCUCGCCAUCAAGCGACAGGAGCAGGCCGCCUACGAUGCCAUGAUGAAUGACCCCAUCCGACGCCGUCAACUACUUUCGGCGGUAGGAACCGCCGACACCGCCAAAGACCCCAAGGAAAAGUCCAGCAGAAGGAAGGAAGACUCUCACAGGCAUGGACACCGUAGACACCGCCGCGGUGACUCGGACGACGAGGGAGAUAGGCGGGGACGGCGCAGGCUCUCGCCCUCAAGAUCGAGGAGUCCGCACGACGAAUAUCGCCGGAGGCGUCACCACCGAGACCACUCUGACGAACGGGAGCCUCGGCGGAGCCGGGACGAGCCCGAUCACGAGAGGAGGACUUACAGAGAGCGAGACGAUGAGCGACGGUCGUCACGACACGAACACCGCGGUGGUCGCCGUGACCACAACCGCAAGCGCGACUCACGCUCCCAAGAAGACGACCGUCGCAGGAACGAUGACCGUCAGCGUGAGUCGCGGCCCCGCGAAGAGGACCAUCGGCGUGCCCAUGACAGCCGUUCACGCCGUCCUGUCUCGCCACGUCGCUACGACAGACCACCGACAGACGACACACGCGGCGGGACCAACGGCCGACCCCGCAACCAGAGCUACCGGAGAAAUGACAGUGGUGGUGGCAAACCCUCUGCAACAACAGCAGACGACAGUGACGAGGAGGCUGAGCGUGCACGCAAGCUGGCGGCCAUGCAAUCUGCGGCCGAGGAUCUGGACGAUGACCGGCAAAAGCGUCUGGCCAUGCUAGAUGAACGAGAGCGCGCGGCACGUGAGGCGGACGACCGGGGCCGCCAGAGGGGAGGGGAGCGAGGGUUUGUCAAUGGCUUGCACAAGAAGGCCGGGAACAUGAAUUUGGCCGAAAGGAUGGGACGGGGUAGGCAAGGGUACCAGAGGGAUGAUGAUUGA